AUGUUCCGGUCGCGAAGAGCCAGCUUAAUACAGCGGCUCUGGAGGCUCCGCUGCCCGACGCCUGGCCCGGACGACAGCCCUGGGGCCCUGAAACCGGCUGCUCACGCCCUCUUCAAGAAGCUGAAGGACACCGAACUGGAGCUGCUCCUGCGGGCGGUGGAGAGCCGAGGGGCGGGCGAGUCGGGCUGCAUCUGGGUCGAGCCCCGCGGGUCCAGGCCCGGCCUGCCGGCCUCGCUGCUCCUGUGCCGCCUCUACCGCUGGCCGGACCUGCGCCACUGGCACGAACUCAAGCGCCUGAGCUGCUGCAGGAGCCCCGGGGGUGAAGGCCCCGUCCAGUGCUGCAACCCGCACCAUCUCAGCCGGCUCACCACCCCCGAGACUCCGCCGCCCCCGUACUGCAAGAUCUCCCCCUUUGGCGUCCCCGCAAAGUGCCCCAGCGUCUUGGACAACAAGCUCAAAGUCUGGCAAGACACCAGUCUCUCCCGGCACUCCAUCCGAGAUGGCUACUGGUGCAAACUGGCCUACUGGGAGUACCGCCUGCGGGUGGGCAGGCUCCACCCCGUGCACGAAGACUCCGUCAGCAUCUUCUCCGAGCUCCCGGCAGGCAACGGCUUCUGCGUGGCUCAGCUGGCAUCCCGAAGCCACAGCCAGGCCGUCCGGCGGGCGCGGGGCAAGAUCGGGCAAGGCCUGACGCUCAGCCGGGAAGGGGGCAACGUCUGGGCCUACAACCGCAGCGACCACCCCGUCUUUAUCAGCUCUCCCACCCUGGGCCCGGCUGUCCACAAGGUUCUCCCCGGUUACUCCGUCAAGGCCUUCGACUACGAGCGCACCAGUGGCCUGAGCGGGUGGUGGGACCCGAGGGAUGGGCCGUACGACACCCACACCGUCCGGAUCAGCUUCACCAAAGGCUGGGGGCCCAGCUACUCCCGCCGGUUCAUCACCUCUUGCCCCUGUUGGCUGGAAGUCCUGUUGAACACACGCGGAUGA